AUGACCUACACUCUCUUCUAUGCACUUUUAUUCACCGUCAUCAUCUUGGGUACAGCUCUGUACCUUACCCGAUCUCGAUGGAUCCACCUACUGCCAGUCCCGGAUUACAUCUACCAUCACCUCCCCUCCAGCUUUACAGGCGAUCUGGAAGCGGGCCUAAGCUCAUCGCAUUUCGACAUCACAGCUAAUCUCGCCGAUGGGGACCUUAGAGCUGGCCUAGACCAAAGAGCAAAGCAUGAAGUGCAAAAAAUCAUGAAAACUCGCAAAGUCAAUUUUGAUGAGGCCCGGCGCAUCUAUACCGAACAACGAUUUGCACGUAAUAACAUCGGACCUGACGGUCGACCCCGGGAUCCUAAAUUCGUCUCUUUCUCAUGA